ACGUGACCCGGGUUACGGCUGGCCACUUCCGGUUCCUUGGCCGUCUUUCUCUGCGGGAGAAAUUAACGGGUCCGUGGUGUUUUCUCCAGCGACUCGGUGCGGCUGACAUCCGGAACCUCGCCGUCAGGACUGAACGGGGUUAGGCGGGCAGGCAGUGGGGAGUCAUCGUAGAGACACCGGUCAACCUGCAAUACAACGUCAUACUGAGCGGAGAUGACCAUCGGAGGGGCGGGUAGACAUUCCACCGGAUAAACAGACCACACCACCCGCCCUUUCGAUUUAGGUAAAAAAAAAAAAAAGCCGCUGCGUUUCAUCUACCGGGACGGACGCCGCCGGCGUCUCCUCCUCCUCUCAGUGACUCUCCGUGACUCACCGUAUCCACAGCAGCCGCAGAGAGGGGAGGCUAAUUUACGUUAGCUCCUCUGCCCCCCCCCCCCCCCUCCCUGUCACCCCCCGCACCCCCAACGACGGUCGACAUGUCCAAAUACACGAGCUUCCCCGAGCCGACAGAAGACCCAAACCCUUUCCAAGACCCUGCAGUGACUCAACACAGCAGCAACACAGGAUAUGCCACCCUGGACCUGUACAACCCCUUUGAUAAUACCACUGCGCCUCCUCCUCCGUAUGAAGCCACCUCUCCCUCUGCUCAAUCUGCGCCUGCUCAGACUCCACCAAGUAGGACGACCCCCACUGAGCCUCGCAACUAUGGCUCCUAUACCUCCCAGACUGCGGUGAAUGCUACCACGGAAGAGCUCUUGAGGAAGCAGGAGGAGCUGGAGAAGAAAGCCCGGGAGCUGGAGAGAAGAGAGAGGGAGCUUGAGUCACACAGCCUGGGAACUGGAGCCUCUCGUCAGAACAACUGGCCCCCAUUGCCUUCAUUCUGCCCUGUGGGUCCCUGCUUCUACCAGGACAUCAAUGUGGAGAUCACUCAGCACUUCCAGCGCACCGUCACCAUCAUGUACUACUUCUGGAUGUUCUGCACUUGUGGGCUGCUCUUCAACCUGAUCUCCUCACUGGCCAAUUUCUGCGUGAACACCUCGGGUGGUGUUGGCCUGGGUCUGGCCAUCCUGUGGGCCCUCCUCUUCACCCCCUGCUCUUUUGUCUGCUGGUACCGUCCUAUGUACAAAGCCUUCAGGAGUGACAGCUCCUUCAAUUUCUUUGUCUUCUUCUUUGUUUUCUUUGCCCAAGUGGUGGUCUCAGUCAUCAUGACCAUUGGUAUCCCUGGAUGGGGUUUCAGCGGGUGGAUCGUGAGCCUGGCUGCUCUGAACGACAGUGUUGCCGUUGGUGCAAUCAUGAUGAUGAAUGCCCUCCUCUUUACUGCCCAAGCUGCCAUUGGGGUUUUCAUGCUGAAGAAGGUCCACAGCAUGUACCGGCAGACCGAUGCCAGCUUUCAGAAGGCCCAGGCCGAGUUCGCCACCGGAGUCAUGUCCAAUCAGGUCGUGCGCCAGGCUGCCACCAGCGCCGCCACCAGCGCUGCCCAGGGGGCCUUCACCACUCCUCGAUAGGGAGGGACGAGAGGGUUUGGGAGGGUAAAAAACAGAGAUCCCAAGCAGAAAGGAGAUCCCAUUCUGCUUGAUUGGAGAUCUGUUUGGUAUUUAUUUUGCCACAAGUUAUUAGAAUUAGAUUUUGGGGUGGGAGGUGGUAAUAUGUCUGUAUAGUAACCCCUGAGCAACUGACCAUCAGGGCAUUUGCAUGAGUCACAGGUGGGGUUUUGUCAUUUCUAAAGAUGUACAGGACAAGUUACCUGCAUUGCCAAACCGGGAGUCAACAAAUCACAAGAGUUCAUUGAGGAAACAACGGUGUGAACAGUGAGAUGCUGAAGCUUUAUGAAAUGUAGCUGUGUCCUACCUAGUAUCAGUGAAUGCAGGGAAACGAGAAGAGCUGUGUGCCGAGUAGGACAGUUGUAGUCUGCAUAGUUCCCAUUCCCACUUGGAUGUGUUUACAACGAGCCGGUGUUUGAGUUGAACAUUGAAAUGUUGCCACUCUAACAAUGUGUACCUCCGGAGCUCGCCCAUAAUGUUCUAUUGCUUUGUUGCAAACACGUUUUGUUAUUGUCAUUCCAAAUGAGAACGCCUCUUUACCUAUCUGCCAAAACAUCUCAUACUGUAAAGAUUAUGUUUCUUUUCAAAUAUAUCUGUCACUGUUCUGUUGGUGCUGCUUGUGGUUCUCUAGAUAUUAACAUGUUACUGUCUUGGUUUUAAUAAAAAAUAUAUUGUCAUGCUUACACAA